AAAUAUUAUAUAAUAUAAAACUAUUUAUUAAAUCUAUUGUAAAAUAUGUCUGAAAUUAUUGAAGAGGCAAUCAAUUCUGAAGAUAAAAAGGUUGAUUUUUCAGAUGAUGAAAUUCUAAUGGAUCAUAGAAUUGAAGAUUUAUUUUAUGGUCAUCAUCCAGGUUUAUCUCUUGGUCGAGCAACUUCUAUUUUUCGUUCACGUGGUCAAUUGGCAUAUUUUCUUUACAUUAAUCGUGUCACCAAAUAUUUAUUUGUCGCUAUAUAUAUGGAUUGGACCAUAUUAUUUAGACAUCCUGUCAACUUUUUUCUUUUGGUUAUAUUUUUUGCGACUUCUAUUAGUUUAUUAUUCGUGGCAGGAAUUUUUAUUCCGAUUUAUACAUUUUAUCGUUAUUGCACUAAAUCUGAACGUGAACCUGUUAUUAACGUUUGGGGGAAAAUAGCGAAGAUUCCGCCUCCCAAUCGUAAUUUAAUAAAUGAUUUAAUGGAAGGAAUGAAAUUAUUAGGAAAUAAUACAAAAAGAACAAUUAUCAAAGAUGAAAAGAAAAUUGGAGCAUUAGGUGAAAGAGAAAAUUUAAAAAGAGUUAGUAAACUCAAGUCAUUACUUUUUUUCUCUACUUUGGUUUAUAAACGUGAAUCAAAAAUCACUUAUAAAAUUCAAGGAUGUGUUAGAAAAUUAAAAAGUAAAUUAAAAUAUGACGAUAUCGGGGAUCAAAAAGUUUAUAAAAGGGUUUAUAAAAAAUUAUGCGAUUGUGAAAAGAAAGAAAAUGAAAGGGACAACAACAAUGACAACAACAACAACAACAACGAUAAUUAUAAUGAUGAUAAUAUUUACACAUUUGAAGAUAUAGAACAUAAAAUUCGUGAUAUGAUUGGUAAAGAUGAAAAAAAAAUCAAAGAACAAAUAAAAGAAUUUGAUCUUAAUUUUACUUCAAUCUCCGAAUUAAAUACUGAUGAUGGUGGAUCAUUUUGUGGAAUGUUCUGGUCUGAUAAAGAAAAUUUUAUUAUUAUAGCUUUUAAAGGGACAACUCCAACUAAUUUUGCUGAAUGGUUAGGUAAUCUUACAUUUCAAUGUGUGGAUGCUAGAAAUUAUCUUUUUGGUCAAGUUCAUAGAGGAUUUUAUAAUUAUUUAUUUCCACUAGAUGAAGAAAGUGCUGGUAAAAAUUAUCCUUGUCAAAAAAUUAUUGAAUCAAUUAAUUGUAAAGCUACAACUCUUAAAAAUAUGAAUGGUAGAAAAGUAAAUUUAUGGAUAACUGGUCAUUCUCUUGGUGGAGCACUUGCAACUUUAUUCUAUGCAAGAUUAUUAAAUAUUAAUUAUACUCAUGAAUCUUGGGAACUUCAAGGUGCUAUUACAUUUGCAAGUCCUGCUGUUGGUGAUAUUAAUUUUUCUACACAACUUGCUGCUUUAAUAAAUGAUCCUAGAAAUUUGGCAAAACCAUUAUGGCGUAUAGUAUUAAAUGAUGAUAUUGUACCAAAAAUGCCAUAUAGAGCUUGUAAUAAAAGAAUGAGGAAAUAUGGUUAUCAUUAUAAUGUAUUAAUGAAUUACGCUCAAGUUGGUGAUAAAGUUACAUUUUAUGGUAAUGAUCAUGAUCCAACUUCUAUCAAAGAAUUCUUUAGUAAUGAAAGUGAUAAAGAUGAUAAUAUUGGUGAACAUGUGAAUCGUCUUAAAUCUUAUUGUAAAAAUUAUUGUAAAAAAAAGAAGAGUAAACCUUUAGGUAUUUUUAGGCAUCGUCAUGGUUCAAAUAGUUAUUUUAAAGCUUUAAUUGAUUAUGAGAAGAAGAUUGGCAAAAAAUAA